AUGACAGUGUUCGGGAUCCCCCGGGAUAACCUCACGUUCCUUUGGUCCGACACGGAGCUAGCCCGACUCGGGAGCAGCUUUCGGGAGAAAUUCAUCUUCGUCGGCGGCGGCAAAACAUAUGACCACGAUACCAUCAUGCAGUGGUUUAAUUUUACUACCAGUACCAACGCUACCAGCUGGGAGGUGGUGUACUCCGACGUGGCCAAGUUGUUUCUACUCUCGCCACUGUGCCUCAUUCUGAUGUGUCAGGUUGGGUGGGGGAUGAUGCAGGCCGGAGCAUCCAGAGUGGAGAGCGCCGCCACGCCCUUCCUCGCCAACAUACUCACACUAGGCGUCUCUGUGUUGUCUGUCUGGAGUGUCGGAUACGCGUUUGCACGGUCAGACGGGGCAGCACCUUUGGGCUACAGCAACUGGUUUAGUCACGACUUUGAGAGUCACAAAGCUCUUGACUGGCUGUUGCACUUUUGCGCAUGCGUCACCACCGCAAACAUUGCCUCAUCCGGUGGGCUAGAGCGGUGCCCGCUAUAUGUGCACGUUAUAGUUACCUCCACAAUCUCAGGGUUGUUGUGUGGCGUGGUGAACCGAUGGACGUGGCACCAGGACAGUUGGACAAUCCUUCAGGCCCCCUUGCAUGGCGCUCCAUUCACGGACCUUGGCGGAAGCGGCGUGAUCCACGUGGUUGGCGGGUCGGCAGCGCUGGUGGCCACUUAUAUGCUUGGACCGCGCUUCUAUAGGAUCCGGCCCCGCCCGUCCAAGAUAAUCUUUAAUGACCUGGACGGACACUCACUUCCGCUCGAGAUGUUAGGAUGGUACUUGUGUUUUGUGUGUAUCACGUGCACUAACUUCGUGCGCGCGACAGUCACAUGCAUCACGUGCAGCACGGUCGUCCACCGUCUCGCGAUGGCCGCCAGUAACAGUCUCGUGGCCGGAGGGGCCUCCGCCAUAUCCACCGGGUUAACCGUGCACCUGUUGACUAAUCUACUAGGCCUGCGGAGGUUCCACUAUUCGCUGUGUAGAAUGACGGCCAACGGCGCUCUCCUCGGCCUGGUAUCUGUGGCCGCUGGUUGUCACGUAUACGCUCACUGGGCAGCGUUUGUCAUCGGCGUGACGUCAACAGUCGGUUACGUCACGUGGAGUGCCAUUCUAUACGCGUUACGCGUUGAUGAUCCAGUUGGGGCCGUUGCAGUUCAUCUGGGCGGUGGGUUGUGGGGUCUAGCGUGCGGGCCACUGUUCACCCCGGGCUCCGGGCUUCUAUUUGCCCAUCACUCCGGAAGGGCUACGCUGGCGCUGUUAUGGAACGUGUUGACGGGCCUCCUGUUGGCGGGAUGUUCCGCCUUCGUGACGGGUAUCGCGUUGCUGGUGCCCCGCCUUCUCUCCUGCGUCCCCUUGUCGCAUUCCAGACAGAUACACGGCAUGGAUAUGGAGUACCUUGGUCAACAGGCGUACCCCGACAAUGACCGGAUGACGCCCUUUAACACUGACGUCAUAGAAGACCGUGAACGUUUCGAAGACUCACACGUUACACUAUCCAAUUCACCGGCUCCUUCUGUGACGUCGCCCAUUUCGCCGAUGUCACUUUCUCUUGUAAAGUCACCCAUGUCAAAACAGAUCAUGACACUGCCUCCUUUCGAGACAUUGGACAUGUGUGACAUCGAAAUGGCGGCGCGGUCUCCAGGCUCAAAGUCGCUGCCUUCCUUCUCACGCUCCCCAGGGUACGCCGACCGUCGCGUAUGGUUCUGGGGGGAGCGACUCGCGGAUCAGGUGGCGCCGGCAACGCCGACACGCGGAUACAGGGACGAAGACAUGCUACGUGAUGUAGAAUUCUGA